UCGAAGAAGAAGUUUCCUUCCUGGUUCUUGGACAAAAAACAAAACAAAGAAAAUGUUACCCUUCUGUUUUAGUGUGGCAUAUUUCUGAAUUGCGGCAACAUGCCUAAAUAGUAAACAGUAUUCUUGCAUGCUGUGUAUGAUAGUGUAAGGACAUUUUCACCUGAGAAUUGUAAGAUUUGAAGAGCUCGUGAAUUGCUGGAACACUUAUCAGUUAAACACCACUAACCAAGUUCAUUUGGUUGUACACUACCAAUCUCGAAUCUUCAUUCAUCUGAACGUGUGACAAGAAAGCAAGAUGCAUAGAAGGGGGGUUGGCGCUGGGGCUAUUGCCAAAAAGAAGCUCGCAGAGGCAAGGUACAAGGAAAGGGGGAACGUUCUCGCUGAAGAUCAAAUAGUUCAGAUGUCCAAACAGAUCGAGACCUUUAAGUCUCACCUGGAGGAGUUUGCCAGCAAACAUAAACAAGAAAUACGAAAGAAUUCCCAAUUCCGAGUCCAAUUUCAGGAAAUGUGUGCCACCAUUGGCGUCGAUCCACUUGCCUCUGGAAAGGGGUUCUGGUCCGAGAUGCUUGGUGUGGGCGACUUCUAUUAUGAGCUGGGAGUACAGAUCAUUGAAGUGUGUCUCGCUCUAAAGCACAGAAACGGGGGGCUCAUUACGUUGGAUGAGCUCCACCAGAGAGUGUUGAAAGGACGGGGUAAAUACGCCCAGGAUGUGAGCCAGGAUGAUCUGGUGCGGGCCAUAAAGAAGCUGAAAGCCAUGGGCAACGGUUUCGGCAUGAUCCCGGUGGGAGGUUCGUACCUGGUGCAGUCGGUUCCUGCGGAGCUCAACAUGGAUCACACGGUGGUUCUGCAGCUGGCCGAGAAGAAAGGCUACGUGACGGUGAGCGAGAUCAAGGAGCACCUGAAAUGGGAGAGGGAGCGCUCUUGCCACGUCCUGGACCACCUGCUGAAGGAGGGACUCGCUUGGCUGGACUCACAGGCCGCUGGGGAACCCCAGUACUGGCUUCCAGCCCUGUUCUCUGAGAUUAGCUCCCGUGAUGUCACACCCGACGAAGCCAAUCAAAUGACACCUUGAGGAUUUUUUUUUAAUAAAUAUUUUAUAUAUGGGCCGUUGGUAUUGGUUAAUCUUGGAGAGGCUUGCUGACAUUUGGCGGACUAGCCGUUGUUUGUUGGGGUUGCAAUUGUUGCUCAAUUCAAUGCGCAGAGGGAAGCCUUUCUCUGGGCAUACUGCAUUUGGGGCCCUUAUUUCCUAAUUGUAUAACCUGAGAAAAUUUCUUGCUGGUCACUAUUAAAGAGGAAUGGGUUUAUUUUAA